UUGCUGAGCCGACGUAGAACGGAGAAAAACAUGAGAAAAAGAGAGACGAACCACUGAUAAAAGCUAAGCGCGUUGAGAAGAAGACCCUCUGGUAUUCUGAUUUCUGCAACCAAACCAGAUAGCUCCAACAAACCAUGGCUUACGUCGAGAGAGGUGUGGUAAAAUCCAAGCGUUCUAUAUGGCGAUUGAAGACUAUCACUGAUUUCUUUUGGUCCAUCAUCAACUUCAUUAGCGUGUUUUUUGCAACUAUGUUUUCGAUGGAAAAAACAGAUGCCUACAGAAAAGGUUCAGGAUCCAGCAAGAAGUGGGAUGGGGGCGGUCCUGGAGGUCCUGGAAGUGGUCCAUAUGGUGGUGGUCCACGUGGGCCACCUCGUGGAUUGGAUAAUGUCCAAGGCAUUGACCACAGCUCUCUUCCCGCCUGUGGUUCUUGCUGCGGAUAAAUGAUGCCACUUUUGAGAAUCCAUGGUUUGGGAUCUUAUUCCAUAAACACGUACUUAAUAGUGAAAUGUAUGUAGGUUUCUGCACUUGUGCUUACAUUUAAACUUGGAAGCGUGUUCAUAUGUUCUGUUCAUCCUAAAACUUUAACAAAACUAAGAUAGUUUUCUCCUAUUUUUCUCGUUAAUGCCUAAUAGUGACGUUGUAAGAAGCGCAUGGAUAUGGAAAAGAAAGACUGAUUCACAUUCAGAACUGUGCUUAAAAUUCUGGAUGAAAUUGACAUUGACCAGUAGAAGUUGUGGACGAAAGUUGCUGUUUUUGUUUCA